AUGCCUGGACUCAUCACAGCCGCUGCUGUGGGCUGCAGUGGAUCUCAAGAACCUGCCAAACUCAGAGCUGCAGCUAUUGCAAGCGCUGAAGGUCAUAGCCAUGGGCCGAGGAUAACUAUCGAACAAAGUAAGCCUGCACUCCCGUCACCUUUUAACGCGCUAAGUUUUGCAGAUGGUACAGUCGUUCUCCUCGAAACGCUCUCUGAUCCACCGGAAACAUUGCGGAAAGACGAGCCUCCCCGGCCACAUCGACCGCAAACAGAUGAACCUUCAAAUCUGGCUACAGUGUGCCACAAGUGGGUGGAUUGGGCUGAGUCGCACAUCCAAGGCUUGGAGAGAGGGAUAGUGGACGCAGAGACAAAGCAGGCAGAAGAUCAAAAGAAAGCUGCAGAUGACGUGGCCGAAGAACAUUCGAAGUAUCUGCAAGCGCUGGUAAACAACAGUGUCAUCGAAGCACGCAAGAAAGAAAGCGAAAAGCGGACAAAAGAAGCAGAGGACAAGCUAGCCGAGUUGAAGAAGCGCGAAGAAGAUUUAAAGGUCGCAGAGACAAGGGUCAAGCAUGAUCGGGCGAAAUCGAAGAACAUUCAAGACCUGCUUGAUGCUGUCGCCGCGAUCGGUACCAAGGUCGAGAAGGCCAAUCAGGAUAUGAGGAACUUGUCCGCGCGCAAGAGCACUCCGCAAUCCGCAAUCGACAAAUGGACGAAACAGUACUGUGAGCCAAACAUUAGGGUGGUCGACCUGGGUAAGCAAAUCAGGGCAGAGCGAGAGUCAUACCGAAAAGAGCAUGAGGAGAGCUUAAAGAAAGCACAAGGCCUGGAAAACCUUCUGAACCAACGAGCAAGACGUCAAGAGCAGAGCUUGGCGGUCCUGACAGCAGAUCGCAAGAAAUUCGAGACGGAACAACAAGCCUGGCGUCUCCAAAAGGGCCAAGAGCUCAGCGGUUCAGAGCUUAAGUCCACCAUGGAAGUAUGGUUAACUGAGAAAGUCGACCAGUUGAGGCCUGCCAUCGAGACUGAGGCUAGCAGGCGUAACUGGAUCUUGCAACAACGGGAGUGGGACUCCCACAAGAAGUCAAUGAUGGAGAUGGCAAGGAUGAAAGCUUAUAAAGAAGGGCAUAGCAAGGGCAAAAGAGGAGGUUACGCAGAAGGAUUGCGAGAAGAAACCGACGAAGCCUACCAGAGAGCAUACGAGGACGGCAGAUCGGACUCUGUUGAAUCCCAUGACAUCUGGCAACUUCGCUUAAGUGAACAGACGUAUGAAGCCUUCUACAAUGGCUAUGAUAUGGCGGGUGGUACAUACGAUCCUGGCUGGCAUAGCGCUUACGCAAAAUGUGAGCGUGCUCUUCGAGUUGAAAACGGCCAGCAAACAACGGAAUACGAGCGAGGAUACAAGAUGGGCAAGGUAGCAGCAACCCAUCUCAUCAAAGAUAGACAUGCGAGAGAAUGGAAUGGUGGAUGGAUUGCAGGCAAGGCUGCAGUCGAGGUUAAAGGUGAUACAAUCUCGGAGAUUGUGUCUAAGGCUGAAAGCGAGCGCAUUGGUUUCAACAAAGGACACUCCAAGGGCUAUCAAGAAGGACACGCCGUCGGUAAAGCUGAAGGGCUGGUUGAAGGAAAGGAACUUGGUGAUACUGCCGGAAGUUCUAGAGGAUAUGGUAUCGGGCAUGCUGAAGGACUGGCUGAGGGGAAACGAGCUGCGGUCUUGGUUGAGUACAUGAAGGGUUGGAAGGCCGGUUGGACCGCAAGGCAGGCAGGUGAAGACACUCGCCUGAAGGAAGAAUAUGAUAGAGGAGUGGAGAGAACCGAGCGCAGAAUGAGGGAUGGGCUGGAUGAAGAGUACUCUGCAGGAAAGAUCGAGGGUUACGACGAGGGUUUCGAUGACGGCUGGAACGCGCAUGCUAUUCCUCGCCGUCGCUAG